UAAAUUGAGUCAUCUUUUGCUUUCGUUUCUAAUGUUAGUCUAUCCAUUUCUGCACACUCUAAAAUUUUGGUAAUAAUACUUUUCUUUUCUUUUUUUUUUGAAGGGGGUGUCAUAAAGCCAGGCUUAAGGCAGAGAGAAAUUGGGGUCAGGGUCUUGGGCAGAAGAGGCAAUGCCUACUUUCAGAGAUAACAGACCAGGAGAGUUGAAAGGGACCUUGGAGGUCAUCUAGUCCAACCCCCUGCUGAAGCAGGGGACCCUUAUACCAUUUCUGACAAGUGGCUGUCCAGUCUUUUCUUGAAUGCCUCCAGGGAUGAAGCACCCACAGCUUCUGGAGGCCAGCUGUUCCACUGGUUGAUUUCUCCUUAUGUCUAGGUUGAAUCUCUCUAGGUUGAAUUAGAUGUUGGACUAUCUUUGGUCUUCAGGAAGGUUUUCAAGACCUGGAUGUUUCUGAGCCCAUCAUGGGAGGAAAAUGGUCCAAGGCGGGAGUCGCGAGGGGCGAGCGGAGGAAGCGGACCAUUUACACGAAGGAGCAAGUGGCCCGUCUGACCGAGGCUUUCGAAGCGCAUCCGUAUCCCGGCUACGAGGCCCGCGAGCGCUUGGCACGCCAGAUCGGCAUCCCGGAGGCGCGGAUCCACGUCUGGUUCCAGAAUCGGAGAGCCAGGCAACCGAAAACAUUCAACCCCCGGGAAAACGAAAGGCCGGAGGACUCUUCCGUGCCAAGACCAGCAACUGGCAAUCUGGACUAUUCAAAUCUCUCCUCUGGACCCGUUUGGGGUGACUUGAGGCCACUGGAGAGAAACUGGACCCUCCCAGGCCACCCCCAAACCUUUCCACAGCUGGGAGGGAGCCAAGAGCUAGCUGCUUCCACAUUGCAGGACUCUGUUGAAUCCACUCUUCUCCCAGUCCUGCCCAGCUCUGCCAACUGGGACUCCGGUGCUCCCUCUGGAUCUGGACACUUCCCCACCAUCCCCCCACCUACCCCACAGCAUCACUUUCUACAAACGCCCCAUGACACUUAUUCCUAUCAGCCCUACCACCAACAGCAGGCUCCACAGCUGGGGGGUCAUUUCUAUCCCACCCCAUCCUGCUCAUCUCCGGAGUCAGCCUUGAGUCUCCACGGAGCCUUGGACCCGCAGGAACCUUUGGGUCUGAUUCCGGCACCAGCUACCAAUGAGCAGGUACCCCAGCCUGGCUUUUAUGGGAAUGAAGAGGCAAACUGGGAAAACUGGAGGUAACCGGUCCCGCGGGGGGGGGGUGUCGGUCUCUGAAUUUCUCCUUUCCCAUUUUACUGCUUAUUUAUUCAUCAGAGCACUUCGGGUUAAGGGGAUACCUGUUUUAAAAAGAACUUAAAGGAAUGUGUAUCUGAAGCUGCUUCUCAAAUAAGGGACAAUUUGCAAUAAAACUUUGUUCUCCAGCUGUGGUUGCCCGUGUUUUCUUAUUCCUAGAACGAGGCCAAGUUGAAAACUGAUUUCACUUUAAAAAAAAAAAGAAAAAAGAAAACUUGUCAGGGAAGAGGAUUAUGGGGUGUUAAGUCAUGUUUACUCACAAGCAAAUGCCAUGUGCGGUGGGUGGAUUAAGAGAGAAGGUCACCCUGCGUUUACAGACUUUCUUCUCUUGCAAAGCCAGACCAACUAAGGGGGAAAAGAACAAAUACCGUGAAAACGGGAGGAAAACUUCCACAGUUCUAUUUUUUCCUUCCCUUUGCUUUUUGCAAAGCCAAAAAAUAAAAAAUAAAUUCUUAGCCAGCAUCACCAACCAGAGCCAGAAAACUAAGUGGGUUAUUUUGCAGGGAGUGUCGUAAAAAUCAGGCUUAAGAGAGAGAGAAAUUGGGGACAGCUUGGUCAAAGAGACAAUUCCCCCAUUUGCUGAUAUUUGACUAACCCUGAUAUUGCUCUUCAGGAAGGUUUUCAAGAUGUUUCUGGAUAAUGGGUAACAGAAAUGAGUAUGCAAAACAUCCAGUAUAAGCCUGAGACAUUGUUGUUCGGAAUUCUUGAAAAUAAUGUUAGUAAAGAAGAUAUAUAUUUAUUCACUCAUGUGGU